AAUUUUUAUUUAAUUUGUAUUGUUAUAGCUUUAGCAGUCGGUGCUGCAGCUAAAUCUUGGUUUUUAACAGUUAAACGCAGUGUAUAUAAAAUCAUUUAAUUGAAAUCUGUGCUGUUAACCAGGAGUUUUAUAGCAAUUCAAGAUGGAGGCUCUCUCGAACGUCCUGCAGCCGUACAAGGAGAUCGUCGGCACGAUCGCGGCCGUGGUCACCAUGGGGCAGAUGUUCUCGGGCUCAUUCAUGUGCUGGGACAUCUAUAAGCAGGGGGACACUAAGGGCGUGCCGCUUAUGCCCUUCUCGGGUGGUCUAGUCAUGGGAGUACUGAACUUGCAGUACGGCUUCAUUCUGCGCGACGAUACGAUGAUCCGAGUCAACUUCUUCGGUAUAGCGCUGAGCAUCGUCUACUUGUCCAUCUACUUCUGCUACACGAAAGAGAAGGUUAAAGCGUGGUUCGAGCUCGGUCUAUGGGGCGCGUUCACCGCUGGAGUGGUCAGCUACGCUCAAAUGGCAGAUCCAGCCGUUGUCGAGAACCGACUCGGGACAAUCCUGACUGCUUUCAUGUUCUACCUGAUUGCGUCACCGCUUUUCGGGCUGAAAGACAUCAUCGCCAGGCAGAGCACUGAGGGUCUACCUUUCCCCAUGAUCCUCUCUGGUACCGUUGUCACCUUCAUGUGGUUGUUAUACGGCAUCAUUCUUAAGAACAACUUCCUCGUCCUCCAAAACUCAGUCGCGUUGGUGCUGUGCUCGGCACAGCUGGCCCUCUUCGCGAUCUACCCGGCGAAGCCCAAAGCGGCCGCCAAGGCCAAGGCGAAGAAAGCCGACUAAAACUAGUCAAUUGUAUUAGGUACGUUAAGCAAAUAUACACCUUAUUUCUAUAGCGGCUUAGUUGAAAGUGCAA